GAUGAUGCCAUAUCACCAUACUGGAGUGCUAUAUCGCAAGGUGUAUUCUAGUGCUUCAAGCAUGUGAUCCGGUUUGCUCACCGUUGCACUGCUUCCGGCGCUAGUUUGUCGUGUCCGUAUGGUCCAAUCUCCUAUUCUUCGAUGCGCCGCGUGACUCCGAAGCUCACUUCCAUGGUGCUCUGAUUUACCGUGGUUUCACUUGGCUACUAUAAAUGAUUUGAAUCUCACCCAUUGCUGCUGCUUCAUCCCUCUCUUCACCACCAUGCGGGCUGCUAUCUCUCUCGGACUACUUGCAUCUCUCACAGCUGCUGGUGCUGCAGAUGUUAUCAAGCUUUCUGCUCGUAAACCAACGGCACCGCUAAAGCGCAGGUCGCUCCAGCCGACCAAUGUCCCUCUGGAUGAUUUCUUCCUCAACACGGAUCUCCAGUGGUACGGUAACAUCACCGUCGGCACUCCUCCCCAGGAGCUGACAGUCGUUUUCGAUACCGGAAGUUUUACGCUGGAGGUUGCCAGCGUCCAAUGUGGUAGCGCAUGCAGCAACCAGAAACUAAAAUAUGACCCUUCGAAGAGUUCGACCUACGUCGACGGUGGUCAGCAAACCACUCUUGCAUUCGGAACCGGCGUAGGCGUAGAUCCCGUCGUAAACAACGAUUACGUCCUUACAGUAGAAACCGGUACAGAUACUGUAUCUGUUGGUGGGUACACGGUGGAAAACGUAGACCUCUACACCAUCGUGGACCAAACGCCCAAGUUCAACCUUGACCCAUUCAGUGGUAUCCAGGGUUUAUCUCCUGAGGCACAGGGUCUCUUCCAGGGCCUCGUUAACCAGGGCCUACCUUCUUUGUUCGGGAUGUACCUGACUGCUCAGAGCGUUGGAGGUGCUGAACUGACCCUUGGUGGCAUUGAUACCUCAAAAUACUCUGGUUCCCUCACGUACACUGACCUCGCGUCGUCUGGUGGCAACUGGGAGGCUUCUGCGAGCUCCAUCGCCGUCAAUGGACAAACUUCAUCCAACCUCAACUCAAACCAGGUGUUCAUCUUCGACAGCGGCACCAGCAACAUUGUGCUCGACCCCAGCCUCGCCGAUGACGCAAACGCUCUCAUCUCGCCUGACAUCCAGCCCUUCUCUGCCGAGCCCGGUGCAUACGGGAUCCCCUGCAGCAAGAUCUCCUCCUUGCCUGCCGUCAUCGACUUCACCUUCACUUCCCAAUCCGGCAAUGCAUUCAACCUGACUAUCCCCAGCAGCGAGCUCAACGUCGGUCCUUUCGACAGUGACAACUCGACCUGCCAGACCCUCAUCAAUUCGUUGAGCGGUACUAACAUCAUUGGUGGUAGCUUGUUGAAGCACUACUACAGUGUUUGGGAUGUCGGCCAGCAGCGCUUGGGAUUCGCAGCUAACGGACACUAAACGACUUUUGGUAGAAACAAUGACGAAUAAUUAAUGUGUGUGUGUAGAUGCUAGUGGUCUCAAGUGGACAAAUGUACCUCGCAUUGCUAUCUGUUGUCUAGAAGGGAUUCAUUUCUGACGUCGUCUUUCAUUGUACACGAUUUUACGCAAGUCAUUGGAAGGCAAGUAAUGAUACACUGAAGUACUAGGAGCAUAAAUAGUAGGGCCUGCAUAAUG